UGUGUCUUGCCACAUGAUCCCACAGGGGUGCUUAUAGGAGCUUGGCUUUGCUUUCAGUGUCCUUGUAAGAACUCUGUAUGCAACCUCCUAGUGGGUCAGGUUGGUUUAAUUCCUAGCCUUAGGCAGGUUGUGAAUUAUGAAGAGCAAGGCUAAAAUUCUCUAGAUGUUCACACAAAGGGUCCUGUGGUCAGUGUGAAAUCUCCCCUUCUCCCCUCUAGGUCUGAGUCAUCUUAGAAUCCAGAGUAGUCCUUUCUGCAGGGUUACAACUCAGAUCCAGGUGGCUUAUUCAGCUAAGUGGCAAACUUGUCCCCCAUUCCUUGCACAUCCCCUGUUGGCCCAUUUCCUCACCACACAAUAUUUUUUGGCUCCGCCCCAUCAUUUACAUAUCUCAGCAGAGAGCCAAUAGUAAUCCUGGAAAAGGGUUGCGUGUGCGCAUCAACCGUUAAACAUAGGAACGCCUCAGAACCCCUGUAACCCGAAAGAAGCUCAUAAGCUGGGCUAGCUCUGCCCUGUGGCCUCAAAUUUGUUGCCACACCUCAUCACAUUUGUAGAGGCCACAGAGCCUCUGGUGCUUUCCAGCCAUGGCUAGCUGGUAUCACUACUAUGAUACUGACUACUAUGUUCUGGAAGAAUAUGAGAGGGAAAUAAACCCUGAAUCUGAGCAAAGUGCAGCAGCGGCAGCAGAAGGUGGCCACUUCAGUGAAGGAGCUGUAGGCCUCAUGGACGACGUGAAGCCUGAGGGCCACCUGAAUCAACUGGAUGUGAACCAAGAGGGUGAAGUGAACCAGGAAGGAGAGGUGAACCAGGAAAACAACAGUGACCAUGAAGAUGAUGAAGAUGAUGACGAUGACCAGGAUCCCCAGCAGGACCUUGAGGAGUCAGUGGCUCCUCCGUCCCGUCGCAGCAGGCGGCCACGAAUCCCGUUUCAGUUCACACCCUGGCAGUUGGAUGAACUGGAAAGUGUUUUUGAGGAAACUCAGUACCCUGAUCUGCUCACAAGAAGAGAGCUUGGAAGACAAAUGAAUGUUCCAGAAGCCAAAGUGCAGGCACAGUGCAGCCCUCCAUGUAACCCAGCCUGCAAUCGUCGAGAAGUGAGUGGAAAGCCAGUGGUGACCACCAUUGCUGUAGAGGAAGAAGAGAAAAAAGAAGGUGUACAGAGUGAGCCUGAGCAGGGAGCAGAACAAGGAGAGGAAGGAGAAGAGGAGGAAGGAGCAGAAGUGGUGAUGAGGAGCACCAGCUGCAGCAGGAAGAGGGAACCCCUGAGGAUGAGGGCGACGGGAGUGUACUGCCUGCAGACUUGCAGCAGCCCCAAGAGCACACCAGGUUCACCCCCGGGCAAUUGCAGGAAUUGGAGAGCAUUUUCCAACGCAAUCAAUACCCCAACGGCCCAGUGA